AUGUCUUCUUUGAUCACUAACCCCGAGUACCUCUCCAAGGACAGGCUCAAGUCUGAGCUGAAGAGCCAUGGAAUCAAGUUUAAUCAGAACGAAAACAAGCAGUACUAUGUGAACCUCUAUCGCAAGCGAAUCAUGGAUACAGAGCAAUCCAGAUACGAAUUCUCGUCUGAUGAGGAGCUCACUCGACCUGUAAAACUAGGAAAGAAGCAGCAGGUCCAAAAGCGUAAAAAGACGAUUAAGAUGGACACCUACCUCCCUGGUGUGCUAAGUCUCUCUGAUGGUGAACUGAAGGAGGAGCUGGAGAGCUUUGGCAAGGACCUUGGGCCCAUUCUGGACUCAACACGAGAGCUCUAUCAGAGGAUGCUCGCCAAACUUAUGGCUGAAAAUGCCGUUGGAAAAUCUGCAGUGUCCCGAUCUGUCCAGCCUCGUGAUUCAACAGAGGAGGACGAGAACGAGGGGGCAGGUCACAGUGAGUCAUUUGUGGGGGAGUGGUCGAGUGGAGAUAGUGACGAAGAGGAAGAUACUGUUGAGGAGAGACCACCACCAACACCAUCACCUCUCAAGUCCCCAUCUCAGACCAAGAGGAGGGAGACUGGUGUGCGUGAGCGAUCGAGGCGUGCUCCUGCCAAUAAAGAAGAAGAAGAAGUGGAAGAGCCUCCACCGGUACCACCAGAGAAACAACGAGUUCGAUCGCACCGUCGCAUAGCCCCCCAGAGCACCUCCUGUCAGGGAUUCUUGGUCCUACUGCUCAUGUUCACUGUUGCUUUUUUCUCCUACGAGCACUUCACCAGCAGUAAGGAGGACCUGAGCCUCGUCACCCAGGGCUGGAGGAAAGCAGGCUGUCUCUGGAACCAUGUGAAAGACUAUGUUGUUAAAUCUACACCUGCUAAUGUUAAUGAGAUGGGGCCGUCUCCCACAGAGCCUCCUCUACCCCCUACAGAAGCUACCGAGCCCCCCACACAAGCUACUACCAAGACCCCCCCUACAGAAGCUACCGAGCCCCCCACAACACCACCCCCUACACAAGCUACCAAGGCCCCCACAACACCACCCCCUGCAAAGAAGCCCACACAAGCGUCACCACCACCCACAGAUAAGCCUGCUGCUAAAAAGAAGCCAGGUACAAAGAAAUCCUCAACUACCAAGACUAAUGGACCGAAAUAAGAACCUGUAGAACUUUGUUUCAUCUUAUGAACUAUAAUUAUGUAGACUUUCCCACCCUUAGUACAUGUAGCUGUGCUAGUAGGUUUUCUCUUAUACAUGUACACAUGCCCACUCUCUUCAGACUUCAUUUGUGCAACACAUGAACUUACACAGUAACAAUCUUGA